AUCAUUUCAGGUGCACGAACCGGGCACGACACGCAACAAGGCGUAGGUUGAGAGAUCCUGGGGUUUUCGGAAUCCAGCUCUGGUCCUCACACAGCACAGUCUCAUCCAGAGCUCUAGCUCGGACACACUAUACAUCUCAUCCUCGUCAGCACCACCAUCAUCAUCAUCAUGGCGACCCCGGCGCAAUCUCGAUCUCAAAGUGGAUCCGCUCAAGCCUCAGGAUCUGCCGCAGCUUCUGGCUCAGGCUCGGCCAGAUCAAAUAGCACGACAGCCACCACAUCUAUCUCUAUACCGGCCACUGCGGCUGCUGGAGGAGUGACAGUCACUCAACCACCAUCGACAGGUGAAGCAUCUUAUUACAAGAUUGCUUCGGGGGAGUAUAUAACGUUUGGAUGGAACUUUACGAGUCUAUAUGUCCAGCCCGAACACCUCACGAUCAUCGCUUCAUGCUCUGCCAAUGGUAACACCUAUCCUGUUGGACCUACCGCCUCACCGUCCAAUACGCUAGCAGCAAACGCUACCAACGUCGUGUGGUCACCUUGGGAAUGGGAGCAAAUUCAAGGCCAAGUCCCAUUCGCAGAAGCGACCUAUGUGCUCAAAAUGUGGGAUCAAAGAGGUCCAGAUGUCGGUAUAAAAGGAGGCUAUUUGAGUCCUUAUGCGGGUACAGAGUUUGCUCUGUAUAGGCCAGGACCGUAUGUAAGCAUUGCAGACGGAUGGACAUGUUCGACUUGCAAUGCUGGUUUCGAACGGCUCUCCGAUCCGCUUGGUUUAGCGGCCAUGUUGACAUUCGCCUCUGUCAUUUUUUCCGUCUGGAAUGUAUGGAGAAGAUGAUGAGGUGGUAGAGUAACAGUAGAAGAGGUACGAGAGAACGGCCUGGACACGACUUUUGAUUUGCAGAUGGACAUUUGCUUCAUGACAUUCAUGCACGAUUAUAAUCUCAUCCUUGAAAUUCCAUUUACCAGUGCAUGAAAUGCGUUGGACAUUCGUAACCCCAUGGGUU